AUGGCCUCGUCAGGCGUUGAGGAAGUCAUAGAGACUGCAGAAUUGGCGCCAGAGCCCGUUAUUCCAUCGCCGCCGCUCUCGGGGCUGUACGACUCUUUUGACGAGCUUUUGGCCUUUCUGCAGACGUUCCAUCGCGAUAACGGCGCGGCUAUCAGGAUUCUGAAGAGUGCAAACCCUCGCGAGUCAGACAUCUAUAACGACAGACAGAAGAUCAGCAUCAAAGGACUCAACGGCUUGUCAACCACCCAGGCCUGGAUUAAGCAGCUUCAAGAUAACAACCUUCGUCACUGGAUCAAGGUUGACGAUGACAACAAGGUCGAGGAUGUCCUGUGGACUUACCCUUGGUCAGAGAAGAUGUGGCGCCAGUUUCCUGAAGUCCUGGGACUUGACAACACGUACAAAACGAACCGGCAAGAAUCCGGUCAAGGUGGAAGGCCGAAGACGGGAGAAGCGACGACGAGGCUGACGAGGGCUGACGACGAUGAGGCCGAGGUCGCUGACGGCGAUGGCGACCUCGUCGCCCGCGCUGCUGAACAAGAGGUCGCCGAGCAUGGCUGUGCGGCCUUGCUGCCUGCCGCCGACCCUUUCACUCGCGAUGGAAUGUUCCGUGCGUGGCAACAAGUCGUGUACGCCGAAGACGAGGCUGAUUUCCAGUCAGCAUGGAACAAGAUGAAGGCUAUAUACAAUCCAACGCAGAACCACAUCCUACGCUAUAUCUCGAAGGAAUACAUUCCGUACCGCGAGCAGUGGGCGCGCUGCUUUAUCAAGCGAUACCGCAACUUCGGCCAACGAGUCAACAGUCCUGUGGAAACGGCACACGAGGACGUGAAGUCCUUCCUCAUCGCGGGCACAAGCGACCUCCUCCACCUCCACAACGCGAUCUCGCUGAUGCGGCAGAAGGAGAGAGACUACAACGAGAAGGCCGCGGCGAUGCAAAUGCGGCCGCGCCAACGCUUCAUCCAGCAGCAAGGCCACAUAAUCUUCAAGACGCUGGACGACGGCGAGGCCCUCAGCAAGGAAGAUGUCCACCCGCGAUGGUGGCUGGCCAAGCCUCUGGACAUUGACGAGCCCUUACUCCGACUCCGCGAUCCUGACGUCGUCCAAAGCCUCCGUGGCCAGCCUCGCCUGCCAAAAAACGAGAAGAUAACGGUGCCGUCAUCCCUGAGGGCUGACGACGGCCAAGAUGAAGCCCAGCACGAGACGGCGCAGUCAACGCAGCAGCAGCGGCGGCGGCAGCCAAAGCAGACUUCGCAGCCACAUCACCGUGAGCGCCGUGCGAAGCCAAGCGCGCGUCGCGAUCUAUCACAAUUUAAGGUUGAAGGCUGGCAAAGGUCAUCACAAAGGUGGUCCCGGAGCCGCGGUUGCGGCCGCACCCGGGCAGCUUCGUCACCGUCGACAAGGAGUUCGCAGUCACGCGUAAAUUCGCAGUCUACGAGAACUGCAAGAGGACGAUCGAGGAGGUCAGCGACAGCCUCUUCUACGGCGAGGCUGGCCGCGAUAGCUGUAGCCGCCUUUGAGACCGACCCCGAGACCGAGUCUGAGGCUGAGGACGUGAUUGAGGUCAUCCCGGCCACCCAACCCGGCGCUGACGGGCCGGAUGAACUAGCCGGCCCGUGA